AUGGACCGCGUCACCGUCCAGCUCUUCGGCAGCGAGCCCGUCGUCGCGCGCGCGGUUUGCCGAGAGAAGAUGCUGCGGGUGUUGAUCGACGCGCUGUACGACACAUUGCGGCCCUUCGCGCACGCGCCGCCGACGCGGGAUCCGAGCCUUCCGCCGACGAUUCCGUCGCCGCGGUUCGACGAGCGAUCGCGAGGGGUCCUGAAUCCGGACGCGGAGGGCGUCAAAGCGAAGCUGUACAUGCGCCCGGCGAAUGAUCUGCGGAUGUGUUUCUCGCACCGCGGCGCGGCGCAUCGGUGGCUCGACGCGACGAGGGAGCCGACGGCGUUCGACGUGAGCCUCGGGAUUUUGCGGACGAUGCAGGGCAUGAAUCCGUGCGCGAGAAAGACGGGGGAGCACGUGGAACGCGAAGGGCAGGCGUGGAUCACCGCGAUGACGACGGAAACGGUCGUCAUGUCGACGUUUCGGCACGCGGUGUCGAUCGCCGCGGACGGAGGUGUCGGCGACGGAGACGGCGGCGGCGGCGGCGGCGGCGGCGGCGCGCGAUCGACGACGACGACGACGACGACGAAGAUGGACGACGACGACGCCUCUCGAGGAAAGCGUAAUGCAAAGACGAAGACGAAAGCGUCGUCGUCGCUCCCCGUGAUGUCGCAAGAGUGGACAGCCGCGGCGCUGACGGCCGCGGCGUACCGCGCGAUCGACAAGACGUACGAGUGGACCGUCGACGCGGACGCGAACGAGGUCGAGAGCGACGACGACGACGACGGCGUCGGUCGUCGCCCCGCGCCGUUUUCUCUCGAACGGUCCCCGGUGUCGAUUCAUCUUCCCAUGCAUCGGAUGACCGCGACGCUCGUGCACGCCGCGAUCGUCGCGGAGCAGCACCGCGACGAGAACGGGGGCGACGGUUCGGGUCCCUCGGAUCGAAGCGACGGUUCAGAUUCCGACGGCGGCGACGCGAGCGCGAUGCCGGCGUCGCCGUCGAAAACGCCGAUGCGAACAGUCGCCGAUUUGCUCGCGGACCCUCGCGUCAAGGCGAAACUCUCGAGACUCGCGGAGCACCCGUCGCGAUGCCUCGCGUUCGCGGACCAAGUACGCGCGCGUCUCUGGGUCCGCAACGGCGAAGAGGUUAGACGCAUGGCGCUCGUGUACGGCAGCGCGCUGUGGGCGGGACUCGGCGCGGACGAUCACGGAAAGUACGAGCUCAAGAGGGACGCGUGGGGAAAGUUCGACGCGUUUUUUCAUCGGUACUCGCCCACGGACUUGGAGCACGCGUGCGCGAACGCGAUUCGCGCGUGGCGGGAGGAGGCGCGCGCGCGGCCAAUGGUUUCGCAGCGAGAAGAAGAUAUCGAACCCGAACCCGAACCCGAACCGUCGCUUGGUGGAACACGAACCGUCCCCCGCUGGUCUCCGCGGGCGCUCCUCCGAGCGCCGGACCCGACGCCGCGCGCGUUCGCCAGCCUUCUUCGGUUCGCGUCGCACCCGUCCAUCGCGCGGUUCGUCCGCGACUGCGUGUGCGCGCUCGCGUCGCAUCCCGACUCGGCGGAUUUGCAAGACACCGCGGUCAGCGCGAUGUCGCUGUGCGCGUGCGCGGUGCGCGGCGGCGGAGAGAAGACGGACGAGAAGACGGACGAGACUGAGGAGGGCGUCGACGACGACGGACCGGACGCGGACGCCGCGCCCCCCGACGAUCCGACGCGAUGGGUUUGGUACGACGCGCCCCCCGAGAGCUCCGCGUUCGUUCGCGCCUUGACGCAUCUGAGCGAGCGCGCGGGGAGCGCGUGGGGCGACGACGACUCGCACGCGGUGGUGCUCGUCGCGGAGUGCGCGAGCGAGCUUUUGCGCGCGCUGGAGGACGCGGGCGUGUUGAGAGCGACCGGUCGCGAUCGAUCGUUAUCGUCAUCGCGCGGCGGCGGCGGCGGCGGCGUCUCGAUCGGGACCCCGGGGUCGAUCGACGACGACGGCGAAGGAGGAAGCGACAGAAAGGCCAAGGCGGAGGCGCGACGAAGAGCGGUCAUGGCGCAGAUGGCGGCGCAGCAGGCGGCGUUCACGCUCGCCGCGCGGUUUGAGGACGACUCCGACGCGUCGGACGACGACGACGCGGACGACGACGUAAACGACUCGCGCGGCGACGCCCCGGUAGAUCGUCUGGUGGAUCGAAUGGAAACCGCGAAUCAUCCACCGGAGCGCGCGUCGCCGACGACGCUGCCGUGGGAGGACGCGCUCGAGUGCGGUCUGUGCCGCGGCGGCGCCAAACGCGACGACCCGCUCGUGUGGGUCGGCCUCGCGCAGAGGAGCGCGACGCCGGGCGCGUGCCGCCGCCGCGCGCCAUCGCGACGGCGCCCGGCGCCGCGUCCGAAGCGCGCGCCGCUCGCGUCGCCGUCGCGGCCGGGGGACGAGCUCGGCGCGUUCGCGCCGCCGCCGAUCGCGUACGACGAGGCGUCGGACGAAUCGGACGACGACGCGUCAUCGGAUCCAGUGCCUCUGUUCGCGACGAGGACGUCGUCGUACGUCGAUACGUCGGACGACGACGCGUCAUCGAAUCCAAAUCCAGAAGAUCCAGAUCACCGCCGCGUGGACGCGAUGGAUAUCGACGCGGCGAACGGCGAAUCGCGCGAAGACGCGUCGGCGGCGAAUCGCGCGAAUCGCGCGAAGACGCGUCGGCGACGCGUCUUCGCGUCGGACGGCGAGGGCGUCCAGGUCAUGAGCUGCGGGCACGCCGUGCACGCGUCCUGCCACGACCGAUUCGUCGCCGCCGCCGUCGGCGUCGGCGUCGCCGGCGGCGGCGCGCUCGGCGCGGAGCAGCUCGCGAUGCGCGCGCAGAGCGGGUUACACGGGGACGAUUUCCACUGCCCGACGUGUCGGCGGCUGUGUAACGUCGCCGUGCCGGUGCUGCCGCCGCUGCCGUCGCAACUCGCGGAGGCGCGACUCGCGUCCGAGUCCGAAUCCGAGUCGACGGCGACGGCGACGACGACGAGCGAAGAGCUUCGCGAGGGGGCUCUGCGGAUGCUAACCGAGGCUGGCGCGACGCUCAAAGCGCACAUGGAGACGAUGGUGCGGUGGCAGGCGCGAGCGGUCGCGGCGGCGGAGGCGGCUGCGGGAUCGAACGAAGCGGCGGCCGCCGCCGCCGCCGCCGCCGCCGCCGCGAGCAUCACCGACGGCGAAUACGUCGAAAAAAAAUGCCUCGCGCGACCGGCGGACGCGUCGCCGUCGCCGUCUCCUGCGCCCGAAGCGCUCCACGCCGCGUUUUGGCGCCGCGCGAGGGACGGCGACGGCGACGGCGGCGACGUUAUCGGCGGCGACGCGGCGGCGACGGCGACGGCGACCGCGACGCGACCGGAACGGAUGCGAUCCGUCGCGCGCGCGUUCGCCGCGCGCGUCGACACCGUCGCGACGUGCGGCCCCUCCUCCUCCGCGAGCGCGUCGGCGCCGGAAGAGCCCUCGAUGUCGCUCGAGCACGCGCGAGAGUCGCACGCGCGGGCGAGGGCGAUCGCGCCGUGGGCGUUGUUGAAGCACAACGUCGCGCAAUUGGAGGUGCUCGGCCGACCCGCGUGCGGCGUCGGGAACGCGGAGGAGGACGAGGAGGCGGUCGUCUCGGAUACACUGGACGUCCCGCCGCCGCCGCCCGCGGUCCCGGCCGCGGCGAAAGCCGCGGUCGAGGGGCAGUGGCGCGCGAUGCGCGAGAUCGCGCGACUCGCGUGCGUGGGCGCGCCGCCGCCGCCGGGCGGCGGCGACCCCGGCGCGGCGCGGCCGGCGGCGGCGGCGAAACGCGCCGACGCGCUCGUCACGCUGACGGAAAUCGUGAGGCACGCGACGCGCUACGCGGACGACGCGGAGUGGGCGAUGGACGCGGGGAGUCUCCUCGCGGAGCGCGAAGGGCGGUGGUCCGACGCGAGGGCGCGGUACUGGCGCGCCGUCGACGGCGGACCCGGGACGGACGGAUCGAGCGUGGACACCUGGUCGGAACUGCUCCACCGCGCCGGAGGGGGCGGGAACGCGCACCUCGCGUCCCCAUCCCCGGAGGAGGAGGAGGUGGGCGCCGCGCCGCGCGGGAACGGCGGCGUCGAGAGCGCAAACGCGAGAGCGUUCCGGGAGACCGAGACUUCUUUUUUCUUUCCCGCGAGCCCGGACGAUCGAGCGGUCGCGGGGGAAGGCCAGGUCACGCUGCGGACGCUGUUCCGCGACGAUCCGUUCGCGUUCUUCGUCGAACUCCUCGCGCGGACGUCGCUCGCCGUUCCCGGGACGUUCGCGUCCGCGGAAGGGUUCGCGGGCGCGCGCGCGAUCGCGCGCGUCGUCGCCGUCGUCGUCGUGACGCGCGCGGCGACGGCGCGCGGCGCCGACGCUUUGGGGACAGGGACGGGGACGGGGAUCGGGGACGGGGACGCUUUGGCGGCGGCAACGGCGGAGUCGACGUCCGACGCCGCCGCCGCCGACGACGACGGAAAGACGUCGACGAAGUCCUUCGCCGAGACGCAGCGCGCGUUCGCGGCGUGCUUGCGUUUACUGCACGCGGAGGGGGAAGAGGAAGAUGGAACGUCGACCGCCGCGACGACGACCGAAGCGAUCGCGAGCGACGUCGCCGGCGCGCUGUGGCGCGUCGACGCGACGCUCGACCUCCUCCGCGGCGCCGCCAAGGCGCCGCCGACGCUCUCCGAAUUCGAACGCUCGAGCGACAGCUCAGGCGGCGACGCGCGACCAAGUAGCGCGACGCAGCUCGUCUCCGGGGUGUUGCGGAGGCUCGGGUUCGGCGCGCGCGAUCCGGUGGCGCGCGUCGCGAGGCUCCUGAGUCGCGCGUGCGGCGGCGGGGAUUUUGUCCGACUUUGUCCGACUUUGUCCGACGCGGCGUCGCCGCCGUUCGACGCCGAGCUCGCGGAGAAGCUCCUCGCGACGUGGACGUCGUCGCGCGGCGAAGGCGGCGACGACGGCGGCGACGCCUCGCGGCGUUGGAGGAAUUUGAGGAAGUUGGCGCCCUCGCCGCCGCCGCCGCGUCCGCGGCUCGUCCCGCUUCCGCGUCGAUGCGAAGACGUCUAUCUCCGCGUCGUCGACUUGGCGUGUAAACGCUGCGGCGUCCCGCCGAGGGACCCGGCGCUGUGCCUGGCGUGCGGCGAGCUGUGCUGCUGCGCGGGGUUUUGCUGUCGGAGAGGAAGGCACGGCGAGUGCGCGCGCCACGCCGCCGCGUGCGGCGGCGGCGUCGGCGUCUUUCUGCUCGUCAAGUCGACGAAAAUUUUGCUCCUUCGAGGCGCGAGGAUGUGUCUGUAUCCGUCGAUAUACCUCGACGCGCACGGCGAGGAGGACGAGUUCCUGAAGCGAGGGCGGCCGCUGUUCCUCGAUAGAGAGCGGUACGCCGCGCUGAGCGAGCUGUGGUCGCACGGCGCGCUCGAUUACGACACCCUCGCUUUGCACACGAGCAAGGUGGGAUCGGACUUUUACUAG